AUCAUUUAUGCCAAAUAAAAAAUAAAAAUGCACACAGCCUACAAUGUGCAGUCAAUUCUUAAACAGGGAGUUCAAAUUGAAGCCAUCGCAGCAUAUGGCAAUCAUGUCAUUUUGGGUACCAGGAGUGGUCAACUCAUCAUGUACUCAGUGGAAAAUCAAACAGACGUAGAUAUGCGAAUGUUCAAUAAGAAUUUCAGCAAGAAACCGAUUACGCAAAUGGAAGUGGUGGCCGCUGAAAAUUUGCUAUUUGUUCUAACCGACAACAUGAUUCAUGUGUGCGAUAUAAGCCGCAUUGAGAACAAUUUCGAAUUUAUGCAUAGCUCUGCGGAAACAAAGGGCUGCACGUUAUUCACCAUGGAUGUUGACACACGAAAAUCGACGACUGGUGAAGUGGCCACAUUUAUAAGAAUAGGUUGCGCUAUCAGACGUCGAUUAGUAUUGUUCUUCUGGAAAAAGGACAAACUUGCAUCUCUGGAACUGGUCCUUGAGCUGAUUGAUGUACCCAAAGCGUUGUGCUGGGUUAAUCAACUUGUCUGCGUUGGUUACAAAGAUGAAUACGUUUUAUACGAUAUAUCCUGCAAUUCACCGAAGAUGCAUAAGCUCAUCCUUACUUCAUCCACCAUAAGCCAGGAGCCCAAUAUUUGCCUUAUACGAAAUAGUAUGCUGGGCAUAUCAAAAGACAACUACCUAAUGCUUAUAGAUCUUGGUCAAUAUAAAUCCAAAGACAAUAGUGUCGACGCUGGCAUGAACAACAAGACAACGUUGACACCGUGGUCAAGCCCGCUCUUGGGUCUAAUUUGGGAUGAGCCCUUUGCUAUUGGACGCGUUAAAAAUGCAAUAGAGGUGCGCAGCUUGGUAGGCAAGGACACCUUAGUACAAUCUAUACCGGAGCUAAAAAAUACUAGGUUUCUUGUUCGCUCCGAUAAAGGCACCAUUUUUGCCGCUGCUUCAUCCGAACUGUGGUGUAUACGUCUAGCGGACGUUCGAAUGCAGCGACAAGAGUUAUUACAGCAAAAGAAAUUCCAACUAGCAAUAGAACUAACUGAAAUAUCUGAAGAAGAUGGCGUCGAUAAAGCACAGACCGUACGCCAGAUACGUAUGCUAUAUGCUAAGGAGCUCUUCACCAAUAAAGAGUUUUCAGCAGCCAUGAAAGAGUUCGAGAAGGCUGCCAUUGAUCCUUAUGAUGUGAUUCGCCUCUUCCCCAGCCUGGUGCCAGAGCCAAAAAACACUAUAGAUGCUGCUGUCCCACCAUCUAGUGUACCAAAGCUAGAGGACCAUGACCGUGAAAAUGCGUACAUGGCGCUCAUUGAAUUUCUGGCACAAGCACGUCAACGAGAAGUGGUAAAAUUGCUUGACACCAAAAACAGCUCCAAGUCCUUGCUGGAAAUAAUUGACACUACGCUGCUUAAGUGUUAUCUGCAGACAAAUGAUGCGCUGGUCGCGCCCCUAUUGCGACUUAACCAAUGUCACCUAGAGGAGUCCGAGAAAAUGUUGAAAAAAUACAACAAGCUUUCGGAGCUGAUCAUUCUCUAUGAUGGCAAAGGAAAGCAUAAAAAAGCGCUGACACUGCUAAAGGAACAAGCUAAUAUUAAGGGUUCCGUGUUGCAGGGACUUAAACGCACCAUAACUUAUCUUCAGGGACUUGGCUCCGAUAAUCUCUCACUAAUUUUUGAAUUUGCUGACUGGGUAUUAACAGAAAAUCCGGUUGAAGGUCUUACAAUAUUCACCGAUGAGUUGAUCGCUGUGGAGGCGCUGCCUCGUGCCAAAGUGCUUGACUUUUUGCUGAGCAAACACAAGGCUCUUGUCAUACCCUACCUAGAGCACAUCAUUGAAGAAUGGAAUGACACCAAUACCCUACGACACAAUGCACUUCUUAAGCAGUACAGCGAGCAAGUGCAACGCUUGCUGGCUCAGCAGGCUGAGGGUAAAGAAACACCCGAUCUGCAGCCAUUGCGAUCCAAGAUGUACAAGAUGCUAGAGGAGUCGCAACAUUAUUCGCCGGAUCGCGUUCUGGAUGACUUUCCCACUACAGUGCUACUCGAGGAGCGAUCCUUAAUUCUGGGCCGACUAAAGAAGCAUGAGAAAGUGCUGGCCAUAUAUAUACAAGUGUUUGGGGAUGUGGAAAAAGCUAAAGCAUACGCAGAGGCCAACUAUGACGAGGAUAAAGAGGUGUUCAAUUUACUGCUCCAGAUCAUACUGAAACCUGUGCAACAACCGCCCUAUGAGGGCGUGACCUUGCAUCCUGACUUCCUUAGACCCAACAAAGAAGUGGCACUGCACUUGCUCAAUACAUAUACAACAAAAAUUGAUCCCACAAAGAUACUUGAAUAUCUUCCCGAUGACAUUUUCAUGCACGAGCUUAAACAUUAUUUUGAGACAGUGGCUCGUACCCUCAUGAACGAAAGCCAUCAACGUCAAGUUAUGCGUGGACUGUUGAAAGCGGAGGCAGCAAGAUUGCAGGCGGCCGUUGCGAAGGAAAAGAAGAAGAGCUUCGAAAUAAAUGAGUCCACUGUGUGUCCCGAAUGCAGGAAACGCUUUGCCAAUCAAACGGCCUUCGUGCGCUAUCCAGAUGGCCAAGUAGUGCAUCUGUCCUGCUACGACAGGGUCGUCUCGGCGACACAACAAUAAGUGAACGCUUUCAUGUGUGAUAACUUUAAAUGUACGCAAGUAUUUAUAAGAUUAGAAAUAUAUUAUUCAAUAAGUGCUAAGCAAACGUAAUCAUGUAAUUGUAAAAUU